AGCUCAACCGAUCCUUCACCUCGUUAAUUGCAGCAUAACCAUUUUUGGUCCUUUAAGGCAAAGCAGCUAGCUGCACGUACGUACGGAUGCUCGCCGAGGCUCCGGCCAAAUUAGGCUAAGCGCCGCACGAUACAACAACGCCCCGUGCGCGCGCGUCGAUCUUUGCAGGCCGGCCAGGACCGGCACCUACGCGGCGGCGACCUCGCUGCAAGACGACGAGGCGCUCCGCUCUAAACUAAUCCAUCCCAUGCACUAGAGGUUGCUUUGAUUUGAUCUCCCUUCUCUUUUGCGCGCGUGGCUUGAUCCUAUCCAUCUUCCCUAUAAAUUUACCGGCUUUGCUAGGGUUUUGAGCCCCCCCUCUCCUCUUCCGGUUUCCCUCCAAAAUUAAGCCUAGCUGCACGCGCACGUCGUGAGCUAAUUGGCUUAGCGUCAUCAUGUGUGAGGGGCUCAUCGACCGGCCCUUGCUAUCGUGCCGGUGCAAUGCCAAGGAUGGCGGCGGCGGUGUGGCUGUGGCUCCGGGCAACGAUGUCGCCAAAGUUGUUUUGUCCAAGCCGGCUGCGGCGGCGCCGGUCUUGGCGGACAGGCCAUCGUCGUUGACCAAGGCCACGGCGUCGAAGGAGGCGGCGUCGAUCCUGGGUCUCUCAUUGCCAAUGAUCAUGACGGGGCUCAUCCUGUACGUCCGGCCCAUGAUCUCCAUGCUCUUCCUGGGCCGCCUCGGCGACCUGGCCCUCGCCGGCGGGUCGCUGGCCAUGGGCUUUGCCAACAUCACGGGCUACUCGGUGCUCUCGGGGCUGGCCGCCGGCAUGGAGCCCGUGUGCGGGCAGGCCGUGGGCGCCAAGAACCUGCCCCUCGUGGGCGCCACCGCGCGGCGGAUGGUGCUCCUCCUCCUCGCGGCCUCGCUCCCCGUGGGCUUCCUCUGGGCCCAGAUGGAGUCGCUCCUCCUGCUCUGCGGCCAGGACGCGUCCGUCUCCGCCAUGGCCCAGCGCUACGUGCUCUUCUCCCUCCCCGACCUCUUCUUCCAGUGCUUCCUCCACCCGCUCCGCCUCUACCUCCGCGCCCAGUCCAUCAACCUCCCGCUCACCAUUUCCGCCACGCUGGCAGUCGCCGUCCACCUCCCCAUCAACUACCUCUUCGUGACUGUUCUGGGCCUCGGCGUCGAGGGCGUAGCCUUGGCCGCUGCGUUGACGAACCUCAAUCUGGUUCUCUUCCUCCUCGCCUACGUCUACGUCUCCGGCGUGCACCACGCCACGGGAGGCUUAUUCGGCUUCUCCUCGGUUUCCGGCUUCUUCGAGGACGUGGCCGGGUGGGCGCGUCUGGCGAGGCUGGCGGUGGAGAGCUGCGCGAGCGUGUGCCUGGAGUGGUGGUGGUACGAGAUCAUGGUGCUCCUCUGCGGCCUCCUGGCGAACCCGGAGGCCACCGUGGCGUCCAUGGGGGUGCUCAUCCAGACCACCUCACUGCUCUACAUCUUCCCGUCCUCGCUCGGCUACGGCGUCUCCACACGCGUCAGCAACGAGCUGGGCGCGAACAGGCCGCGCUCGGCGCGCGCCGCGGCGCGCGCGGGGCUCGCCCUGGCCGCGCUCCAGGGCGUGGUGUCCUGCAUGUUCGCCGUGGCCGUGCGCGGGGUGUGGGCGCGCAUGUUCACGUCGGACGCGGCCAUCCUGGCACUCACGGCGUCGGUGCUCCCCGUGCUCGGGAUGUGCGAGCUGGGGAACUGCCCGCAGACCGUGGGCUGCGGGGUGCUCCGCGGGAGCGCGCGGCCCAGUGCCGGGGCCCGGAUCAACCUCGGCGCGUUCUACGGCGUCGGGAUGCCCGUGGCCCUCGGGCUCGCCUUCUGGGCCGGCAUGGGCUUCGGGGGCCUCUGGCUCGGCCUCCUAGCCGCGCAGGCGGCCUGCGUCGCCGUGAUGCUCGUCGUGGUGGGCCGCACCGACUGGGACAGGCAGGCCCAGCUCGCGCAGGUGCUCGCCGGAGUCGCGGCCGACGACGACGUCGAGAGCGGCGGUGGCGGCGGAUGUGUGAAAGGAAACGUCGACGGUGGGAAAGAGGUCAAUGUUGCGGCGCCUCAUGGCGAUGAGGACUCCAGCUUGCUCGUCACUGUGGUAGGGCUGACCGGAGACAUGCCUUGACAACGACGGCCGUCGGCGUAGGGAUCACGGUAAGUAGACUGUGUAGCUAGAAGCCUAGAAGAUGUCAGACGGCAAAAUGUCCCAUCUGAACAUUUUUUGCGGGGGGUUCAUAUUUAUGAUUCAUGUGUGUACACUAUUUUUUUCUUCUUCUUUUGAAAGAGUGUGUGUACGUAUGUGUAGUGACUAGUGAGCGAGAGGUGACGACGUUAUUAGGGGAAAAACACCUGAAGCUUUGAGGUGGAAGAGUUGGGUGUUUUCUGUAAUUACGUGAUGUUAAUUACGGAGUACUCCCUCAGUUCCAUAAUUCUUGUCUCAAA